AUGGGUUCUCUUCAAUCCCAUGAGCUAAGAUUAAAACAAUUUGAUGUUAACCCUGAGGAAGCUUUUCAAAUGCAAACUUCAUUAAGAGGCAGUUCACAUGGAAGACGUGGUGGUCAUGGAAUACGAGGAGGUGGAAGAAACUAUGAUAAUAGAAGCGGUGCAAAUUCUGAAAAUUCACAAGAAAGCUCUUCUUUAUCUCGAGGAAGAGAAAGCAGAAGAGGAAGAGGCUUUGGUAGAAACCAAGGAGGUGGUCGUGGUAAUUUCUCUCACAUUCAAUGCUUUAAUUGCAGAAAGUAUGGUCAUUUCCAAGGAGAUUGUUGGGCACUAAAAAAUGGAGAUGGAAAUACCACCAUGAAUAUGCAUAAAGAACAGAAGAAAAAUGAUGAAGGCAUUCUAUUCCUCGCAUGUAGUGUUCAAGACGAUGUUGUAGAGUCUACAUGUGAAGUGAAGACUGGUGAUAAUACCAGACUACAAGUCAAAGGCCAAGGUGAUAUGCUUGUGAAGACAAAGAAAGGCACAAAACGAGUUACAAAUGUGUUUUAUGUUCCAGGUCUAAAGCAUAAUCUUUUGAGUAUUGGCCAACUGCUUCAACGAGGUUUAAAAGUUUCAUUUGAAGGUGAUAUAUGUGCAAUCAAAGAUCAGGUCGGUGUUCUUAUUGCCAAGAAAGUUUCAAAAUCAGUGUUGUUUGACUUUUGUGAUAGUGACUGGGGUGGUAAUGUGGAUGAUCAUAAAAGUACAUCUGGUUAUGUUUUUAGUAUGGGUUCAGGUGUUUUUUCAUGGACUUCAAAGAAACAAUCUGUUGUUGCCCUUUCUACAACCGAAGAAGAAUAUAUCUCGUUAGCUGCAGCUGGAUGUCAAGCUUUAUGA